AUGACGGAGGCCAAAGAGAAUCUCAACGCGGUCUUCGACCCUGCCGGCCGCGGGCUUGCACCCGAUAUCCUCGGGGUGCUGGAAUCGACGCUGCGGCUGCACUCUCUGACGGCCGACGAACUAUUCAUCAAAUGGGAGGUGUACUGUAUGAAGAUGGGGGGCGAGGAGACUAAGCUCGAUCUCGAAACUGCACGCAUGUUCGCCAAAGACGUGCAGGAUGGCGUCGAGCGCGGGGAUCGCGCGCAGAAGUCGGCCGUCAAGUCCGAGAGGAAGACUGCGGUGCAUGCUACUCCAAGGGCCGGUGCCAAUGGAGACGUCUUCGGCAUGCUCGAUGAACUCACGCCGAACGCAGUCCCGCGACGGAAUGGCAGCGUCAAACGAAAAGCAGACUUUGACUCCCCCGUGCCGCGGAAGGUCAGUCGACCAGAGACUACAAGCAAGACAAAGACACCGGCGAAAGGAAGCAAGAUGGACGGACCUGCCGGCUUCCCGUUUUCUGAACGACAGAACGCAGGGCAGAUCGUCGAAAUCUUGAACGAUCAUCUCGCCUCGGCCGAGGCACCCAUCGCCCCAUUCUCAGAAGCCCGUCUCCGUAUGGUGCUUCGCUCCGACUACAAGAAGUUCGCGUAUAAACCAAUGGCCAUGCAUUUGUCGGACGCGUCAGAGGUCUUGGACGACCGAAUCGACGAUUUUAUGGCCGUUAUUCAGCAAGCCCACAACUUGGAAGAUUCGGCCUUUGGUAACGCAGCCGCUCAAAGCACAAGUGAGAUCAUUGCCGUGGGCAGGAUCGCUUCCGAUACCGCGGAGGGGAAACUCAAUUCGGCGUCGUUGGUGCUAGAGAUGUCGAGACGGAUGGGCGCCGGGUUGCGGGUCCCUCUGAAAGUCGAUACCUUGCCAUCCUACCAGUUCUUUCCUGGGCAGAUCGUCGCCGUGCGAGGCACAAAUGCUUCUGGGCUCUACUUCACUGUCAAAGAGGUCCUGUCAGUUCCCAAGCUUCCCAUGCCCUCGUCUGUCCCGAGCCAGAUCGAGGAAAUCAACCAGAAACUUGGAGUGUCAGAGGAUUCUACCUCGUCAACUCUCAACAUCAUGCUUGCCUCGGGGCCGUAUACGGCCGAUGACAACCUCGACUUCGAGCCUUUCCAAGCACUCUGUGAGAAAGCGGCCGAAAACAUGGUUGAUGCCCUCAUUCUCAACGGUCCAUUCCUUGAUAUCGAACACCCCAUGCUUGCGGCAGGAGAUUUCGACUUGCCCGAUGUUCGGGGUCUAGACCAGGAAGCGAGUCUCACAGCACUGUUCCGUUUGUGGAUCUCUGGACCCCUUCAACGCCUCUGCUCAGCUGUGCCGGGGAUCUGUGUCCUUAUUGUCCCCAGCGUGCGGGACGUAAUCACCAAGCACGUCAGUUGGCCACAGGAGCGGCCUCCGCGGAAAGAUCUUUCUUUGCCCAAGCAAGUUACCAUGCUGCCAAAUCCAUGCUAUGUCUCUUUGAAUGAAGUGGUGAUUGGCAUUUCAUCCCAAGAUAUUUUAUACGAGCUCAGUCGCGAGCAAGUAGCCCACGGCGCCGGAUCAGACCUCCUGACCAGAUUGCCAGGCUACCUGAUCGAGCAGAGGCAUUUCUUUCCGCUGUUCCCGCCUAUGUCAAGGGAUAAACUGUCAAGCAAUGGUGUGGUCAAAGCCACAGGAGCGUGUUUGGAUAUCGGAUAUUUGAAGCUGGGUGAAUGGAUGCAAGUCAAGCCUGACGUGCUUGUCCUGCCCAGCAUAUUGACCCCGUCUGUGAAGGUCGUUGAUAGCGUGAUGGUGAUCAAUCCGGGCCAGCUGUCCAAGCGGAAGGCCGCAGGAACAUAUUCUCAGAUCUCGUUGCACCCCCGCAUUUUGGCUGAGGAAGAGAAGUCGGAAAGAAGUGUUCUGCAUAAAGUUUUUGAACGGGCGAGGGUCGAAGUCGUGAGGAUUUAG